AUGCCGGGAAACCUACCAAUCUAUCGCGAGAAAGGACGUGGCCUUGGAGCUGCUUUCAGAAAUAUUACCGUUCAGGGUCGUUCUGGCAGUCAACGAACAGUUCUCGAUCUUCCUCAAAUCCUCUUCGAGGUGAUUAAGGCCCCAUAUCGGACAGUACGCCAGAGUGUUGGUAACAAGCCCGUUCCAAAACGCAACCUUAUUCAAAAUGUCUCCGGUGUUCUGUUCCCUGGGGAAACCAUGAUUGUCCUUGGACGUCCAGGCUCAGGGUGCACGACACUGUUGAAAGUAAUCGCAAACAACCGCGACUCGUUUUUGGCUGUCAAUGGAGAUGUGGACUAUGCCGGUAUUCCAGCCCAGGAAAUGACCGGUGCAUUGAAGUCCGAGAUUGUCUACAGCUCUGAGGAAGACCUGCACUUCCCAACCCUCUCGGUCAAGGAUACCUUGGACUUUGCUUUGAAGCUAAGACGGCCCAAAAAUUACCCGAUGCGGGACGAUCAGUUCUCGUCCGAGUAUACUAAGCGAUUGUUGGGCUCACUUGGGAUGCUCCACACGUCGAACACUAUCGUAGGAGACUCGUUCACUCGAGGUGUUUCAGGUGGGGAGCGCCGUCGUGUCUCCUUGGUGGAGUCUAUGGCCAGUAAUCCCGCCCUAGCAUGCUGGGAUAACCCGAUUCGCGGGCUCGAUAGUUCGUCAGCGCUAGACUUCCUUGGAUUGCUCAAGAGAAUGUCCGAGGUGACCGGAAUGAACAAUGUGGUUACCUUAUAUCAAGCAUCAGAAACCAUGUACCAGAACUGUUUCGACAGGGUUAUACUAAUGUAUGAUGGACUGAUGAUUUUCAGUGGAGAGACUAGAGAGGCAAAACAGUACUUUCAAGACCUUGGAUUCCAUUGCCCCGAUCGACAAACGACUCCAGACUUCCUAACGUCUAUCACUUCUCCCGCCGAACGAACUAUCAGAGAGGACUACUGUGGUCCCCUAUAUCUUGACGCGAAGUCUCUCGAACAGGCUUUCAGACAAAGUCCGCAUUAUGCCCAGCUACAAGCGGAUCUGACUCAGUACGCAAACCAGAUACCGUCAAACCCAGAAAUCCAACGCCAAUUCCGACAGAGUGCAUUGGAAGUUCGCUCCAAAAUGACCACAAAGCGCGCUGUAGAGGUUUCAUCUCUUUGGAAGCAAAUAUCAGAGGGGACUCGGAGAUAUUACAGACUAUUCUGGGGUGACCGCAAAACAUUUUAUACCAUCCUAGCCCUAUGCGCUGCGAAUGCUGUUAUCACUGGCUCAGGAUUCUACGCAGCUCCGAAGACAGCCUCAGGAUCCUUUGAGAGAAGCGGAGCUCUGUUCUUCGCUCUUGCUUAUUUUUGCUUGAACGCCUUGACUGAGGUAGUCAAGACAGUGAAUGCACGGUCUAUCCUACUCAAGCAGCACAACCUGGGCAUGAUUAGCCCUACUGCAUAUGCCAUCAUUCAAACAGUUGCUGAUAUACCUAUCGCUCUCAUUCAAACGGCGGUAUUUUCAUGCUGUUAUUAUUUUCUAAUCGGACUGAGUAAAUCAGCAUCUCAGUUCUUUAUAUUUCUGUUACUUGUGUUUGUGCAUUACUGUGCCAUUGCAAGUAUGUUUCGGAUGUUAGGCUCCUGGGCUCCCAGCCUGAGUAUAUCACAUCUUUUGGCCGGAUGCGCUCUACCAGUGGCUUGUCUCUACUCUGGAUACGCCCCUCCAGUACCGACCAUGCAUCGUUGGGGUUCAUGGAUUCGACGUAUCUCACCGACACCCUUUGGCAUGGAGGCACUGAUCGGAAACGAAUUCUAUAAUAUUGAACUCCACUGCACAGACUCUCAAUUGAUUCCCUCGGGUGCUGGUUAUACUGAUAUCCGCUACCAGGCGUGUCCCAUGGCAGGCGCACAUCAGGGGUCAGCUUUAGUGGACGGUGCAACAUACGCACAAGCAAUGUAUGGCUUUUCUCGGGAACAUCUUUGGAGAGACUUUGGUAUCAUUCUCGUGAUGUGGUUCCUUUACACAGUCAUCGGAGCGGUAGGACUCACUGUCAUGACACGGGAUAGCAGCAGCAUUGCAGGCCAUGUAUACAAGCGGAAUGCACGCGGUUACCAAGAUGAUACGUUGAAUGUGGAUAUGGUAGAUGAUGAUGUUGAAAAGCAGCCAGUGUCAUCGGCGGCCAUAAACGAUGGCUUGAAGCGGAGUGAGGCAAGCACGUCAGAUUUAACUAUUACGGAUGUCGAUGAGGCAGUACAGGCCGAAAAGAAGGAAGACCCUCCAUCUGGCGGCGUUACCUUCACGUUUAGCAAACUGAGUUAUUACGUGAAUGUGGGAGGUAGCGAGAAGCAAUUGCUUUGCGAUAUUUCUGGCUACGUCAAGCCUGGACAACUGACUGCUUUGAUGGGCGCAUCGGGUGCGGGAAAGACCACCUUGUUGGAUAACCUUUCCCGCAGAAAAGCCGACGGACGCGUUGAGGGCGAGAUCUUGCUAAAUGGUGCUCCUCUCAGUACAUCCUUUUCACGGUCCUGUGGUUUCUGCAUGCAGCAAGACAUUCAUGAGCCCACAGCGACCGUCCGAGAGGCAUUGCAAUUCUCGGCGUACCUACGUCAGCCGGCUCAUAUCUCCAAAGAAGAGAAGAUGCAAUAUGUGGAGCACGUUAUCGCACUUCUCGAGUUGGAGGGCAUUGCAGACGCAUUGAUCGGAACAGUCGGGGAUGGUCAACUGAAUGUAGAGGAACGGAAACGGGUCACAAUUGGCGUUGAACUUGCAGCAAAGCCGUCGGCGCUCUUAUUCCUCGAUGAGCCAACAUCUGGUCUCGAUAGUCAGGCAGCGUAUUCUAUAGUUUCUUUCCUUCGGAGAAUUGCUGCUGAGGGGAUCCCAAUCGUUUGUACGAUCCACCAGCCUUCGGGCGUCCUUUUCGAGAUGUUCGAUCAUGUCAUUUUGCUCGCUCCAGGUGGGCGAACAGUGUAUUUUGGCGAAACAGGCAAGAAUGCAUCUGCCGUGGCCGCAUACUUUGCGAGACACGGUGCUGUGAUGCGCACAGACGAGAAUCCAGCAGAGUUCAUCAUUUCCACCGUCGCAGCAAAGACCGACGACAAUAAGGACUGGCCUGAGAUCUGGAACAAGUCCCCCGAGUGCCAUGCCCUACACGAAACGGUUCAGGCGCUGAAUCGAUGCGUUCCUACUACUGCCAAUGCCACUACCGCUGUUGGCGAACGACCAUACGCAUUGAGUCUCCCAGCCCAGAUCGUUGCACUUACCCAGCGCCACUGGGUCGCUAUUUGGAGGAAUGGACAAUAUAAUUUUAGCCGGUUAUUCAAGUGCAUCUUCUUUGAGAUGUUUGUCUCGUUCACUUUCUUCCACGUCAACAAGACCAGUCCUGGAUUGAAAAACCACAUGCUGGGUCUCCUGCUCUCUACCUGGGUUGUUCCUACAGUUUCUGCCGAUUUGCAGGCCAUCUGGUACGAGAAAUGGUCGAUCUUUGAGGCGCGCGAACGGAACGGAAUCUAUAACUACAAGGCCCUUCUGUCGGCGUUGUUUCUCGUCGAGAUCCCCUGGCACAUUGUCAUCUUCACUUUUAUCUUCAUUGUAUCCUACUGGACCUUUGGAUUUUCCAGCACUCCCAGUAUUGCCGGGUUUAUCUAUCUCAUGUAUCUCCUGUUUGCCUUCUUCGGCUUGGGAUUCACCUACCUCAUGGCUGCUUUAUUUCCGAACCCGACCAUGGCCGGAUACGCGAUGUCAUUAUUCUGGGUCACUCUUCUGAUGUUCUCUGGAGCUGCUAAUCCGCGCAGUGCAUUGAACGAUUUCUAUCGCCCAUGGCUAUACUGGGCGGACCCCAUGACCUACUUCUUCGAGCCAACUGUAUCCACGGUACUCCAUGGGGUCCAGGCCCAGUGUGCCCCAGAGGACAUGGCUGUCUUCGAUCCCCCUUCAGGGCAGACCUGUAUGGAUUAUGUGGCAGCAUAUUUGGGUAGGAAUCCGGGAUACCUGGCUAACCCCAACGCCACACAGAAUUGCAACUACUGCCCAUAUUCAACCGGAGACGACUUGGCCGAAUCCCUCCAUUUUUUCUACGCCAGUCGAUGGCGAGACUGGGCGGUGUUUCUUGCAUUCGGUUUGACCAAUACUUUGCUCACGUUCCUGGCAACCUGGGUUAUUCGCGUCAAGAUUCGACAGUGGAGAAAGUAA